AUGCAAGACUACAGGGCACCGGUAAAUCAUUACGGCAGUCAAAACAGCACAAGGCCCUUCAAUCCAAAACUUCUAGAGGAAUUUCAAUUAUUUGAUAUCAAUACACAGGCGAGGGAGAGAGAAAUCGUUGAAACCUUAGGGGAAAUAUAUUCCAUCAUUAUUACAUUAGACCAUGUGGAGAAGGCAUAUUUGAAGGAUGAUAUAGGUAGCGAUGAGUACACUGCUUUGGCAAAUAAACUCAUAAAUCAAUAUAGAACUUAUCUCAGUGAUAAAGAUGUUGAAGAGCGCUUUCACGAUCUAGAAACUUUCAAAACAAAGUGGCAAAUAACAGCCUCUAAUGCAAUUACAAGAUUGGAAAGAGGAAUACCGGUGACAGUAGAGCAUGGUACGAGUGGCGACUUUGGUUCACAAGACAAUAUAUCACAAGACGGCACGGCAAACGGCGUUUCAAAUGGUAAUAAUAAAUACAGCGGCAAACGCGUAGCCGAAGCUACAGGAAAUUUCAUCACGGUGAUGGAUGCUUUGAAACUAAAUUACAAAACAAGGGAACAACUACAUCCUUUAAUGUCUGAAUUGUUACUAAGUGUUAAUCGAGUAACUAGUAAUGACUUCGAGAAUAGAAAUAAACUAGUAGAAUGGAUUAUCAAGAUCAACAAAUUAAAAAACGACGAAAGUCUAUCGGAUUCAGAAGUACAACAGCUUUUAUACGCUCUCGAAAGUGCAUACAAAUCAUUUUAUACCCUCCUCGAAUAG